UAAUUAAAGAGAUUCUUUCGUUUUUUCCACAUUAGGGUUCUCGCGAAGUAUAUAUAUUUACCGCGAAGCAAUAAAAACUUUAUUGUACAAUUCCCAAGAAUUACCCGACUGGUAAAAACAAAGUGGUUCAGUAAAAGUAAAAUAGCAGGAGAAUGUCGUUUGCAGAAUCCAAUGGAGUUCACGCCCCAAUGCAAUCAUCCAUCGCUUCUGAUGGUGGUACGGAACCGUACUACCCUAUAAUGCCGCCAAUUUCAUCCUCACCUUCUCCGACGGAAACUUAUCAAGUUCCCGCCGAUACCGUUGCUCUUCCCGUUGCCGGUGCCGGAGACACGUCGGUGGUUACGGCAGUUACACCAGUGAGUGUGGACCCUAUUACUUCAAUUGAGCCGGCUAAAAGAAAGCGCGGAAGGCCAAGGAAGUAUGUUCCUCCUGAUGGUAUAAUCUCUCCUCAGUCAUUGUCGGCGGCGCAGUCCGGCGGUGGAUUUUCGCCGCCGGAGGGAAUGAAAAAGGGCAGGGGGAGACCACCUGGUUCUGGGCGUAAACAGCAAUUAGGUGAAUUAGGAUCAGCAGGUGCAGGGAUUGGAUUUAGACCCCAUGUUAUCACAGUAAGAGCAGGGGAGGAUGUAUUGGCAAAACUGAUGUCAUUCUCUCAUAGUACCUCGCAAGCCGUCUGCAUUCUGUCAGCAAAUGGCUCCAUAUCUAAUGUGACACUUCAGCAAGCAGCAAUAUCGGGUGGAACUGUAACAUAUGAGGGACAGUUUGAGAUCCUGUCUCUGUCUGGUUACUUUCUUCUCUCGGAAUCUGGUGGUGAGCGCAGCAGGACAGGUGGUUUGAGUGUGUUACUAGCUGGGCCAGAUGGCCAUGUUCUGGGUGGUGGUGUGGCAGGAGUUCUUACAGCAGCAUCCGCUGUACAGGUUAUUGUUGGUAGUUUCGCAAUGCAAGGUCAAAAGCAGUUAAAAUUGGAUCAUUCUGAUGCUUGUGGCAUGCCAUCCACAAUGGCCUCUGGAGCAUCAGCGGCUAAAAGCCCAUCAUCGCUCGGAACUGUAAGCGAGUCCAGUGGUGAGCCCGUGAGCCCUCAUAAUCAGCUUGUUGAAACUUCAAAUAAUAGUCCUCCUAUAGUUGCAAAUAACUUGCCCUGGAGAUAACUCAAUAAUAGGAGUGUUUUCCCUUAUUUCAAUUACACUGUUGAGAAUUUGUGUUGAUAAAUUUAGGAAGCCAACCAUUUUGUUGGUUUAGAAUUUCUUUUUUAUUGUAUUAGCAUCGUUGUGUAGACAUUUUUGGAUAUUAAACAUACCCUAUUGCUAUCAUUUUUUAAUAUAUGGGUACAUUAUUCUGUGAAAA